AGGAGGGACCGGCUGCUAGAGCGCAUGCGCGGUGGAUCUUCUCCCCUCCUGCCGCUACUCCCAACAGCGGUGGUUGCUGUGGUACCGGGCGGAGGGCAGGAGGCGGUGAUCCUCCCCACAGACACCGGGAAGUACACUCCCUGGCUCAGGGGAGUUAGCAACACGUACCGGCAUGAGGGACCGCCUGACCGAGCUGUCAGCGGCUAAUGAAGAUGAGGACACCGUGGUUGUUAUUCAGAAGGAACAAUUUAUGGAUGAUUUUUUCCAUCAGGUAGAAGAAAUAAGAAAUUUUAUUGCUAAAAUAUCAGAAAAUGUAGAGGAGGUAAAGAAGAAACACAGCACAAUUUUAUCUGCACCAAACCCUGAAGAAAAAACCAAGGAUGAGCUUGAGAGUCUUAACAAAGAAAUCAAAAAUAUUGCCAACAAAGUUCGAACAAAGUUAAAGUCUAUUGAGCAAACAGUUGACCAGGAUGAGAAUGCCAACCGGUCUUCUGUGAAUUUAAGAAUACGAAAAACUCAGCAUACAGUAUUGUCCAGAAAAUUUGGUGAAGUUAUGAUUGAAUACAAUGAAACCCAGAUUCAAUUUCGAGAGCGCAGUAAAGGACGGAUACAACGUCAGCUUGAAAUAACUGGAAAAACAACUACAGAUGAUGAACUGGAAGAGAUGCUGGAGAGUGGAAAUCCAUCUAUCUUUACUUCAGAUAUUAUUUCCGAUUCCCAGAUCACACGGCAGGCUCUGAAUGAGAUAGAAUCGCGACACAAAGAUAUCAUGAAGCUGGAAUCUAGCAUACGGGAGUUACAUGACAUGUUUAUGGAUAUAGCAAUGUUGGUGGAGACUCAGGGUGAAAUGAUUAACAACAUAGAGAAGAAUGUAGAAAAUGCUGCUGAUUACAUUGAACAUGCCAAAGAAGAAACGAAGAAGGCUGUGAAAUACCAGAGCAAAUCACGCAGGAAAAUGAUCUUCAUAAUCAUCUGUGUAGUCAUCUUGCUCCUAAUACUUGUAAUCAUCCUGGCAACAACAUUGACAUAAUGACCACGCCAUGAAAUGGAUCUCAUACCUCCUCAUCGCUUCAGUUUUGCACCAGAAAGCCUUACUCUGAGUACUUACAUGGUCCAGCUUGGGUUCAGAACUCAUGUUUUGUUUUCUUUGCAAAGUAUAAGCCAAUAUACGCUAAUCUGCAACAAACAGACAGGCAAGUAUGUAUAGCAACUUGACAUUGAAGGGUAUGUUAAUCUAAUUUUUCAAGGCCAUAAGUACAUGGAGCCAAAACAGGGGUAUUGCUUAUAUGAAAGCAGAGCAGGUCUUUCACCAACCCACUUAAUUAAUGUUUUUUGCUUCAUUUAAUGUUCAUUACUUUAGGAGCUCCUUUUAAUUGUGAAAUGUGGUGCUUGGCAUGAAGAGGCUGCCUCCUAAAGUAUAAUAAUUUGGUUUUCUCUUUGUAUCAUACACGUUAUAAUCCAAUGCAACUACAUUCAAGAGCUGCGGCAUUCAGUGUUAAAUUUGGUAAUUCAAAUUGGCCCAUUUAGGAAUACUUUUAGUCCUCUUUACAUCAGAAAUAGUUGCCCUUUACAAAAAUUACUAUUUUACUUACCAUUCUAACCCCUUUAUAAUUAUUAAAAUAACAGUAAAAAAAAGAAAAACACUAACACUCCACUCUUAGAACACAUUGGAACCCUUAUACUUUCAUGAUUAUUAAUGCAUUACGCUCACGCAUGUUAGUCUUUUGUUUGCCAAAUAUGAUAAUCAAAUAUAAAUAUCAUAAUCAAACACUGAAUGGUAUUCGACUCGUGAUAACUAAAUGCCUCACAAAUUGAGGAAAACACUUCUUAAGUUUUUGCUUUGUCAGUGUUCAUAUGCUGAAUGUGCUAUCUCUGUUUUAAGUAAAUCGUACUUGCUCUGUUUCCAUAUUGCAUUUUACAACUAAAUAACUCUUGUGCAAAGGAUAUAAAACGUUUUCCCAGUAGGGGAAAGGCAGCGUCGGGCAACAGUGCUCUGUGGUCAGGCAUGUACUACCAAAGGGCCUUGUCGGUAGCUACUUGUCUCCUCCCCCUUUGUCCCCUGUGGAACCUAACUGCAAAAACACAGUACUACUAUCCGCACCUAGUAGAGCCAUUCUCACAGAGUGUUGACUGUUUCGGAGGGGGAGGGAGGGAGGGGGAGGGGGGGGGGGGGUCUGGGGGCAAAUAGUGUUUUGAGCCCUUUGCAUACAUGAAGCAUAGAUGAAGCCGGCUGCAUACUGCUGUCAGUAGUGCAGCCCUUGCCUUAAAAUUAAUAAAGAGAAAAUCCCAUCAUUUUGUAAUCCACUACGCAGCAUUUAUGUAAUGUCAAUGUAAACAAUACUGUUGCUAAAUCACAAACCAGGUGAUAAAUCUUGCAGGUCUAUGUGUUUUAUAGUCAGUGACAUUUUUUGUGCUUGUGACUUGAUACAUGUGAAAAUGCGCUUUACAAAAUAACAUUGUUCAAAAACAAGCUUAUACCUUAUAUAUUUGUGAACAAGCACGACCAUAGUUUGUCUUUUUUCUUCCCCCCGCCCCUCCUUCCCCUUUAUGAAUGAAAGCGAGUGCAAGUCAACCCACAGAUUACAGUAACCUCUCUGCUUUACGCCAUGCUGCUUAGUAAUGUACGAUUUGGGUAGAAUGUGAAAACCUUAGCAUUUCAAUUUGAGCCACUGUGGCAAUUCAGGAGGGCUAGACCCAAUAUAUGUGACUUUUUUGUUUGUUUGUUUGUUUGUUUGUUUUUAGAAGUAUUUUUGUGCUUGAAUAAACUCCCAGUACCUAAAUAUUACAUAGCCCAACACUAACACUAAUUGACUUCUAUUUUGUAUCAACUUUAAUAUGUUGGGAGUUUGUAUUGCUUGUUUUGUGUUUUGUUGUUGUUUUUUUAAACAUCUCCGUUUUGUUUUAAAUGCACAUAUGAUGUUGUAAGCUUUUUUGAUACUUAAUAUUCUAAACCAGAUGGAAAUGGACAGGUGACUACUUCGUACCAGUAUGAUAUUUCUCUGAGUUAGAUAUAAAUUUGCACCUUGCUGAAACACUAAGCACUGCCUUACAUUAUAAUAAUUUCUAUAGGUGCGUCAAAUAGAGGUGUAAAUUAAGCUUUUAAUAUAUAGAUUUUUUUUAAUUUAAUAUUAUUAUAGAGUUCCAUUCCAUUUUUUAAAUGUGAACGCAGUCAUUUCUGUUCUAAUGAAGGAUUUUGCAAAUGUAUUACUUUUAUUAACACAUUCAGUGCAUCAAGUAUGUUCCUCGUUUUAUUGUGACAUUUAUCCAGUCUAAAAUUUGUUUGCUCCAAAAUGUAAGGUAACAAUGGAAAUUAAGGUGCUUAUAACACUUGAGUAGUCUAAAUAUCAUAAAUUUUUGUCAUGCCAAAAUUUAUUUAUUUUUUUCCUCCUCAUCUUGUCAACUACAUAAUUAUGUCUCUGUUAAAGCAUUUGAUGUGAAUAAAUUGUAGUGUUUCUGUAGUUUGUCUUCAGCUGAAAUCCUAGAAUUCAGUUUAUCUCUUAAACAGUAGUUACUUGUACAACUUUUCGGUUUUUGUAUUCAUUUUGUAAAUCACACAUUUCAGAUGAUGCAUAACUUUAGUUAAGCGAUACCAAUAUACAAUUUUUGAAUGAACUUGUGCCUAUUGCCAUGUAUAUACUGAGCCUUAUGUACAAUAAGUGUAUCAUGGCUACAUAAAUUAUUAUGGUUUUUAAACACGAUUUCUAAAUUCCGGUGCCUAAUAUAUAUGUUGCUGCUGCUAGCUCUAAAGUUUACCCUCCACAAAAUUAAAUAUUUGUCAGAUAGAAUUGUGAUUUUAAAAGUUUAAGUUGGGAAUUUAAAGUUGUGAGACGAUUGGUUUCCAAAUUAUGCAGAAUUUGGUAGUGUGUUUUUAUAAGGCCUUUUAUUUGGAAGUUCUAUAUGACACUUCACUAUAAGAUGGCAUAUACCUGUAUAACAUCCUGUUUAUGCAUGGUGGAGGCAGUCAUUUGUUUGCAGUACCCAAUCAAUUUUUAGCUGGUCUGUAGGAACUAAUGUCCUUUCUGCACUGUAAAGCUGGGUACACACUAUCCGGUUAUUGGUCCGAUUAGCUGAUAAUUGGCUGAUCGGCCCAGUAGUUGGAUAGUGAGCUUGCAGGAGCGUUUAAAGCCAGUAAAUGUCUUGAAGAUCUCUUGCAAUGGUAAAAUUAAGAGGAUGAUAUGUAGUAUGCUGCACACACUAUAUCCCUCCCAACCUCAUUAUAGAGAUCAAAAUAAACUGUCCUACUGUUCCGAUAAUCCCGGAUCGGAGCGUUUAUCAGAUUGGUGACAUUUAUAUGGUGGUGUGCACCCAGUUUAAGGCAGAAAUUGAAUAAUCUACGUUCUUUUGAAUAUUUGUUAACUCCAGAAACUCCCUGCUUCUAUUUUGUGUUGUCACAGGGCUCUUUAAUUCUUUCCAGCAGUAGAGAGAGGAUUUGUAAGUGCACUGUUAUCAACUGGGAGCCCAUCACGGUCCACAGUCGUUUCAGCAGUUUCAUGUAUAUGUUAAUUUAAACUUUUGGGUACAGGAUUUAAAUAUACAUGAAUGUUUGUUUUCUACACAUUUAUUUAGUAACAUUUACAAGAUUAUUGUUCAUGGGUUUGCUUCUUGUAAGUUUGUUUUAAACACUUUAGCAGAAGGUGUGCUGUGUACGUUGUAGCCACUGCAAGCCAUUCAUAGAUAUAGCUUUAUAAUUGUACAAAUGGCUGGUGUCAGGACAAAAUGCACGUUUCACCUGUAUAAUGUAUUAUAUAGUUACUGUUUGUAUUCUGCAGCUAUAAGAUGCUUUAGAAUAUUGUACACACUCAGUAAUUGCUAAAUUUAUGUAUUUGUGACACAUGAUGCUUUGUUAACGAGUUUAGGCGAGUGAUAAAAAUCCUUGAACUCAAUACUAUGUGUACUAAUACGUUUUCCAAUAAAAUGCAUGUUACCUGCAAAAAAAAAA